AUGAAAACCCUCCGGGCGCGGUUUAAGAAGACGGAGCUGCGGCUCAGUACCACCGACCUUGGCACUUGCCCGCCCUGUGGUCCCUGCCCCAUCCCGAAGCCAGCUGCAGCCAGAGGCAGGCGCCAGAGCCAGGACUGGGGCAAGAGUGACGAGCGGCUGCUGCAGGCCGUGGAGAGCGGGGACACGGCCCGCGUGGCCACCCUCCUCACUCGCAAGGGCCUGGUGCCCACCAAACUGGACCCCGAGGGCAAGUCGGCGUUCCACCUGGCCGCCAUGCGGGGUGCGGCCAGCUGUCUGGAGGUGAUGUUAGCUCAGGGCGCCAAUGUGAUGAGCACGGAUGGAGCAGGCUACAGCGCCCUGCACCUGGCCGCCAAGUACAGCCAGCCUCAGUGCUUGAAACAGCUUCUGCAGGCCUCCUGUGCGGUGGACGUGGUGGACAGCAGCGGGUGGACAGCCUUGCAUCACGCAGCUGCCAGCGGUUGCCUCGCCUGCUCUGAGAUCCUUUGCUCCUUCAAGGCACAGCUGAACCCGAGGGAUCGGUCGGGUGUCACACCUCUCCUCCUGGCAGCUCAGAUGUGCCACACCGAUCUGUGUCGUCUCCUCCUGCAGCAGGGGGCUGCCCCUAACGACCAGGACCUGCAGGGCAGGACUGCCCUAAUGCUGGCCUGCGAGGGCGGCAGCCCCGAGACUGUAGAGGUUCUGCUGCAGGGUGGGGCGCGCCCUGGCAUCACGGAUGCACUGGGCCAGGACGCGGCACACUACGGCGCCCAGGCCGGGGACAAACUCAUCCUGCACCUGCUGCAGGAGGCAGCCCAGCGUCCCUCCCCGCCCAGCGAGGAUGGCUCCGGCGAGGCGACGUCCCAGAAUUCAGUGACCAGUCAUGACAAGCAAGGGGCCCUCAAAAAACGCAAGGCGCCUCUGCCUCCCGCCAGCAUUCCUAUACCGGACGACCGGGAAGCCUACGAGGAGAUCGUGAGGCUGCGGCAGGAGAGGGGCCGCCUCCUGCAGAAGAUCCGGGGCCUGGAGCAGCGGAGGCACGAGGACCAUGAGGGCACGCAGUCGCCCGAGGCCAGCUCGCUGCACAGCCUGGAGAGACAGGUGCAGGAGCUGCAGCAGCUGCUGGCGGAGCGGCAGGAGGAGAAGGAGAGCCUGGGCAGAGAGGUGGAGAGUUUGCAGAGCCGCCUGUCCCUGCUGGAGAAUGAGCGAGAGGACACGAGCUAUGGCGUGCCCACCCUGCAGGACGAGGAGGGGGAGCUGCUGGGCUCGCCAGGGGCCGCCGUGGCACCAAGCCCCCCAACUCGGGAGCUCCUAGCUUCUCUGCAGGCACAGGUGGCCGCGCUCACCAGACAGAACCAAGAACUGCUGGAGAAAAUCCAGGUCCUGGAAAACUUCGAGAAGGAUGAGACGCAGGUGGAGGUGAAUGGCGCGGCCGAGGUGGUCCCUCUUGCCCUGUAUGACUCCCUGCAGGUCGAGUUGGACAAGCUCCGUGGACAGCAUGCCGAGGCCCUGCGGUUGCUGGAGCGGCGGCAGGAGGCCCGGGAGGUGGCCACUGAGACCAACGGAAACAACCCAGUGUGCCCGGGGCUCAAUGGCACGGUCACACCGGAAGCCAGGGUCAACGGGGUUGAGACCACAGACGAAUCCCUGGGAGCAGAGGUCGUGGCCACUAAGACCACGGGAACCAGGGCCACGGCUACAGAAUCCACCCGCGUGGAGAACGUGGAAACAGCAGGGGCCGAGGCCGUGGCCACAAGAGCCACGAGUGCUGAGGUCACGGAGGCCACGGCUAUAAAAGAGGACAGUCACGCGGAAGCCACAGGACCCGAAGCUCCGGGAACUGAAGCCACAGAGGUUGAAGCCAUGGGAAUUGAGGUCACACCAAUGAAUGCAGAGAAAUCAGAAGCGACAACCCAUGCAAUGAGGACCACAGAGCAAGGCCAAGAGCCCACAGACGCACAGGCCAAGCAUGAUGCGGCCACAGGUGCCACGGCAGUGGAGGCCACGGCAGUGGAGGCCACGGCCGUGGAGGCCACGGCAGCAGACUCCACCACCUCCAGGGUCCCCUCGAACCCCAUCCGACACCCUGGGGCUGCAGAGGCCUCAGAAAAGCUGCAGGCUGAACUGGAGACCCGGAUUCGGGGUCUGGAGGAAGCGCUCCGGGAACGGGAACGGGAGGCGGCGGCGGAGCUGGAGGCAGCGCUGGGCAAGUGUGAGGCAGCCGAGGCGGAGGCAGGGAGGCUGCGGCAGCGCAUGCGAGAGGCGGAGGGCAGCGGGGCCAGCGCGGGCACCAGCACCGGUGGUGGUGGCGGCGACACGGCCCAGCUGCGGGCGGCCUUGGAGCAGGCGCGCGAGGACCUGCGCGAGCGGGACGCCCGCCUGCGGGAGCUGGAGGCCGCCACGGCCUGGCUGGACGAGGCCCGGGCAGGCCGGCUGCUGGCCGAGGAGGAGGCCCGGGGUCUGCGCGCAGAGCUGGCGCGCAGAGAGGAGCUGCGCCUGGAGCAGAGCCGGGAGCUGCAGGUGCUGCGGGAGCAGCUGGCGUCGGCCACGGCCGCGGGCGAGCAGCAGCGGGCCGAGGCGGCCGAGCUGGGCCGUGCACGGGAUGCGGCCGAGGCCCGGGCCGCCGAGCUGGCCGCCGCCUGCGAGGAGGCGCGCCAGGGGCUGGCCGAACUGCGCGAGGCCUCCGAGGCGCUCCGCCAGGCCUCGGUACCGGCGGCCGAGCACCACCGGCUGCAGGAGGAGGCCUUGGAGCUGCGGGGCCGCGCGGCCGGCCUGGAGCAGGAGGUGGUGGCCACGGGCAAGGAGGCGGCCCGGCUGCGGGCCGAGCUGGAGCGGGAGCGCACCGGCAGCGUGGCCCGCUCCGAGCAUGAGCGCGUGACAGGGGCGCUGCGGGCUGAUGUGGCGCGGCUCGAGGCGCAGCUGGAGGAGCUGGGGCGCAAGCACGAAAAGACCAGCGCUGAGGUCUUCCAGGUGCAGCGCGAGGCCCUGUUCAUGAAGAGCGAGCGGCACGCGGCCGAGGCCCAGCUGGCCACGGCAGAGCAGCAGCUGCGGGGGUUGCGGACGGAGGCGGAACGGGCGCGCCAGGCCCAGAGCCGUGCCCAGGAAGCCCUGGACAAGGCCAAAGAAAAGGACAAGAAGAUCACGGAGCUCUCCAAGGAAGUGUUUAACCUCAAGGAGGCCCUGAAGGAGCAGCCGGCCGCCCAGGCCACCCCGGAGGUGCAGGCCCUGCGGGAGCAGGUGGCCACACUGCAGCAGCAGCUGGAGGAUGCUGCCAGGAACCACUGUGCCGUGGUGGCUUUGUAUAGGAGCCACCUGCUCUAUGCCAUUCAGGGUCAGAUGGAUGAGGACGUGCAACGCCUGCUGAGUCAGAUCCUACAGAUGCAGCGGCUGCAGGCUCAGGGCCGCUGA